AUGAAGGCAUUAUUAUAUGAGAAACUAAAGGCACGUGCCGCGUCAAACGUGACAGCUGUGGCUGAAGCGUUGCCACGUCGUUCUUUCCUUCCUACCACCACCAUCACCAUCCACCACCACCGUUUCAAACCACGACCGCCCGCGACAUCGACAACGACGACGACGACGCUGACGCUGACGACGCGUGACGAGGGCCCAGCCCAGGUGCCACGUCGCGACGUGGCAACCAGACGGCGAACGACGACAUCGGUCGUCGUUCGCCGUCUCUGCUCGGCCACGAGGACUCACCACCACGAACAGCCCACCAACACACCCCACCAACGUCAACGAGCGCCCACCCCCACGAGCGCCCACCGACGAAAACGAGCGCCCACCAACGUCAACGACGUCACACCAACGACGACCAGCGCCCACGAAAACGACCGCCCACGGACGUCCAGCGACCGCAAACGACGUCCCCGCCCACGAAAAGAUGUCCCCCGCCCAUGA